GACAGCCUGGCCGCCCCUUGGAGCAGAAAGUCGAGGAAGCCGGCGCCCCACGCUUCGCUUCCUGCAGCAACAGGUUGCGCCUGCGGGCUGCAGAGGCUGCUGGCUUUGCAACUGCUCGUCUGGAGCAAGGUUUUCCCGGGGCCCUGUGGGCAGAGGCUGAACUUGUUAAGAUAAGGCGUGUGACUGGGGGCCUUGUACGUACCUCUCCCGCCUCCACCCCGCACGCCGCACCCCAACAUAGACCCACUGGAGAGGCAAACAACUGCAGUUCAUGUUAGGUUGAACCAUGUGAAACUGCCGUUUUUGUGGCUCAAGACUUGCCUAUGGGCAACUUCCUAUGAUUCGUCUUGCGUGAAGGCAUGCUGCCUUGAGCCGCUGACCCCGCUGGAGACCCUGCAUGCCAGCCUGGCCUGAAAACGGAGGACUCCACAGACCCGGUCCUCCCCACACCUCUUCUGCACAGAAGCAAACCCUCCUGACUUAGCCACGGCUUCCAGAACCUCUGAGACGGGAGGCCCCCAGGUUUACCUCAUGUUUGGGGCAUCUUGCUAGCUAUGGCCCUGAUCCUAGGCUUCUUGCUGCUGCUGGGGCUGGGCGGGAAUACCAUUUCAGAGGAGCCGCUGUCAUCCAAAAGGACUACUUCUGAUGUUCUGGAGUUUAAACUCCGGGAAGUGAAGUAUGAGACCGAAGACUCUUAUAAACUUGGACCCAUUGGCAUUCUCUUUCAAGUAGUGCACGUCUUUCUCCACGUGGUGCAGCCCAAUGCUUUCCCCGAGGAUAUUCUCAAGAAUGUAUUACGAAACAAGUUUGACCUCUCAGCUGAUUAUAAGAAGAUCAUCCAGUAUGAGCUGGGGAUCAUUAUCUGCGCCGUCCUUGGCCUGCUCUUCAUUAUUCUGAUGCCUCUGGUGGGGUUUUGCUUUGGUUUGUGUCGUUCCUGUAACAAGUGCGGUGGAGAAAUGCACCAGCGACAGAAGAGAAACGGGACCUGUCUGAGGAAAUACUUUGCAGUCUCUCUCUUGGUGAUUUGUAUGUUUAUAAGCGUUGGUAUCAUCUAUGGUUUUCUGGCAAACCACUACCUGAGGACCCAUAUCGAAAAGACUCAAAAACUGGUAGACAGCAACUUCAGAGACUUGAGAACUCUCCUGGACGAAACUCCAAUGCAAAUCGACUAUGUACUGGACCAGUAUAACACCACUAAGGAAAAGGCAUUUUCAGAUCUGGACAAUGUUAAAUCAUUGCUGGGAGGCAGAAUUCGCGAUCAGCUAAGACCUAAAGUGAUCCCUGUUCUUGAUAACAUCAAGGCCAUGGUUGAAGUAAUCAAAGAGACCAGAGAAGCCCUGUCGAACACGAACAAUGCCUUAAAGGACCUGAAAAAAUCAAUUGCACAACUUGACACCAGCCUGAGUGACGUUAAAACGGACCUGGAGCAGGCACUCAGUGACCCCCUGUGCUCUAUACCUCCAAUAACCACCACUUGCAACGAGAUCUCAAUGACUCUAAACCAGCUGGAUAACAACACUGACGUGGGAAAGAUUCCCUUGUUGGAUAAUCAACUUGAUAAUGUUAAUCAUGUUCUUCAAACAGAUUUGUCUAGCCUGGUCCAGAAGGGCUAUCAAGCCUUUGAUGACAUACCUGAGAUGGUGCAAAACCAAACCACGAACAUAGUAUUAGAUAUCAAAAGUACCUUGAAUUCCAUUGGUUUAGAUAUCAAACAAAAAAAUGAACAGAUUUCUAUUCAGAAUAAGCUGUCACGUUUCAUGGAUCCCAUUAAUUACGUUGAAAGUUAUAUCUACAACAAAUUACGCAAGUUGAAAGAAUAUGACUCAUACAGGUGGCUGAGCAGCUUGGUUAUCUGCUGUUUCCUGACACUCGUCACGACUUUUUAUUCCUUGGGCAUAUUAUGUGGCAUUUUUGGCUAUGACCCGAAUGCCUCCCCAACGAGAAGAGGUUGCAUCUCCAACACCGGGGGCAUCUUCCUCAUGACUGGGGUUGGAAUCAGUUUCCUCUUUUGUUGGCUAUUGAUGAUCAUUGUGGUUCUUACUUUUGUUAUUGGCGGAAAUGUGGAAAAAUUGGUCUGCGAACCUUACCAGAACAGGAAGUUAUUCCAGGUUUUGGACACACCGUAUUUACUAAAUGAGAAUUGGAAAUACUACCUCUCAGGCAUAAUAUUUAACAAACCGGAUAUCAAUCUUACUUUUGGACAAAUAUACAGCGAUUGCAAAGAAAAUAAAGGCAUAUAUGCCACACUGAAGCUGGAAAACCGCUACAAUAUCAGUGAAUAUCUCAACGUUCAGGAGUACACCGAGAACAUAAACAGUUAUUUUGACAAUCUCAACAUAAAGAUUGAUAACAUCGUUCUGCUGGACGACGCGGGAAGAAGAAGUCUCAUGGAUUUCGUUUCUUCAGGCGUAGAUAGAAUAAAUUAUGACGCUUACUUGGCUGAGACAACUAAAGCACCCACAAAAGUGAAUCUUUUAUUAUUUGCAGAUGUCCUACAAGAGAAAGCCAACCAAUUGCCCCCAGGAAACUUGAGAUCGUCCCUGAUAAGAAACGAACAGAUGAUUAGAAGGAUUUACCAUGACCAAGUCAUACCUCUGGAACUAUCGAUGAAAGGUAUAUACCGAAGCAUCCAGGAGCUUCAAUACAAAAGCAGUGGAUUGGGGGCGAGUGUGAGCGAUAUCAUUUCCUCUUUGGAUUCAGCUCAGAAAUUCAUCGUCAAGAAUAUUUCCUCUAUUAUCAUUAAGGCAAGUAAGAAGUAUGGGAAUACGAUACUUGGAUAUUUUAAACUUUAUCUGCAGUGGGUCAAGGUCUCAAUCACUGAGCAAAUCGCGGCCUGCAAACCUGUGGCCACCGCAUUAGAUUCUGCUGUGGACGUCUUUCUGUGCAACUACAUUGUCGAACCCAUGAAUCUGUUUUGGUUCGGCAUAGGAAAAGCGACCAUAUUUUUACUUCCAGCAAUCAUUUUUGCUGUAAAGCUGGCCAAGUACUAUCGUCGAAUGGAUUCAGAAGAUGUGUAUGAUGAUGUUGAAACUGUCCCCAUGAAAAAUAUGCAAAAGGGUAAUGUUGAUUUUAAUAGCCAUCAAACCGCUCAGACUGUUCCAACAGAGUUUUUAAGCCCACCCGACUACCCGAGCUCUUCCUCUUCAGCGUCUCUAAAUAUUGAAAAAGAGACCAGCCCUCUAGGAGAUGACAGACUUGGCGACACCGUCUAGGACACUCACCGAUGGGUCCGAGAGGGAAAAGUGUACCCACCUAUCUUCCAUCUGUAGAAGUCUGGCUUGAUCAUCCGAGCCUUCUAUGAAAGUUGAAACGUGUACCACGUUCACUAAUUUUCAGCUUUGCCUUUGGAAGCAGAAAUGAAUUUUGUCACAUUUCAUUGCAUGGGAACUUAGACUUGUAGUUAGAGAAAGUUCAGCAAGUAGCAGAUAUGUAUAUAAGCAAUAAAAGAAUGAUUUCAGAAAUA